ACAUAAUUUAACCCCAACCCAAUGAGCUUAUCUCUUUACCACAUUUCUCUAUAAAAAUGAUCUCUCUACUCAUCUUCUUCAAUCCCACAAAGUUUCACAAAAACCAAUUUCAGAAAUAUUUCGACAAAUCUGAUCAAAACCCAGCUUUCUGUUCUCGUCGGAAAACAACUUCUUCAUCUUUCUCUCUAAGCUCUGUUUUCAUCAAUGGCGUCAAGGAAGCUUUUUUUUGCCAAGCCUAAAUACAUAUAUCCAGAACCAGAACCAGUUAUGUCCGAUGAGAAUGUCUUUGAGUUCGACGAAUCUGACAUCCAUAACUUAGGCGAUCACCAAUUGCCUAAUUCGUUUGAGGCCAAGCGAUCCAUAUCGAUCUCUCGGUUACGGAGAAAACCGGCGAAAUCCGGAGAUUCCGUCGGUUCUGGUAACCGGAAUAUAACAAAGACCGGUUCGCUUCCGGUUAACAUCCCGGACUGGUCUAAGAUCUUGAAGAGUGAGUACAGAGGCCAUGCGAUACCUGACGACGACAGUGACGACGAGGACGAGGAAGAUGACGAUAGCAACGACGGUGGAAGACGGAUCAUUCCGCCGCACGAGUAUUUGGCGCGGCGGAGAGGAUCGUCGUUCACGGUGCAUGAAGGGAUCGGUGGUACGGCGAAGGGAAGAGAUCUAAGGCGAUUGAGGAACGCCAUAUGGGAGAAGAUUGGGUUCCAGGAUUAGUAUAAUAAUAAGUAUGUGAUUAAUUAAUUACAUAACUCUCUCUCUAUAUAGGUAAUAACUAUUAGAUAUGUUAAUCCAUUACAGUAGUAAUUACUUAGAUCUUAAGUAAGGCGGACUUCGUGUUUUGAUUGGGGGGAGGUGUUUGUUUAGUAGGAUCGUUAUAGUUUCGGUCCGAAGGAGAUCAUUUUUCUAUAUCCUUUUGGCUUUAUAUUUUUGUUUUUUUCGUU